GUUGUUGGGCGCUAGGCCGGCUGGCGGGAGGGCGAGCGGGCUGCGGGCCGGCGGGCGGACCGGGCCGGGGCUGGAGAAGUUUGCGCGGCGGCUUGUGAGCGCAGGGUGAGGGCCCGGCCGGCCGCUGCGCGCCCGCUGCCAUGGCUUUCCGCAGGAGAACGAAAAGUUACCCACUCUUCAGCCAGGAGUUCGUCAUCCACAACCAUGCGGACAUCGGCUUCUGCCUUGUGCUCUGCGUCCUCAUAGGGCUUAUGUUCGAGGUCACUGCCAAGACUGCCUUCCUAUUUAUUUUACCUCAGUAUAACGUUAGUGUGCCUACAGAAGACAGCGAGACCGUGCACUACCACUACGGGCCGAAGGACCUGGUCACAAUCUUGUUCUACAUCUUCAUCACCGUCAUCUUGCACGCUCUGGCUCAGGAGUACAUUAUAGAUAGAAUCAGCAAACGACUUCAUCUCUCUAAGGUCAAACACAGCAAGUUCAACGAGUCUGGACAGCUGGUUCUCUUUCAUCUCAGCUCGCUGAUAUGGUGCUUCUACGUGGUGGUGACGGAAGGAUAUUUAACAAACCCGAGAAGCCUCUGGGAAGACUACCCACAUGUGUACCUCCCCUUCCAGGUGAAGUUUUUCUACCUGUGCCAGCUGGCCUACUGGCUGCAUGCACUUCCUGAGCUCUACUUCCAGAAGGUACGGAAGGAGGAAGUUCCCCGCCAGCUCCAGUACAUCUGCCUGUACCUGGUCCACAUAGCUGGAGCGUACCUCCUCAACCUCAGCCGCCUGGGCCUCAUCCUGCUGCUGCUGCAGUACUCCACCGACUUCCUCUUCCACACCGCCCGGCUCUUCUACUUUGCCGACGAGAACAAUGAGAAGCUGUUCAGUGCCUGGGCCGUUGUCUUUGGGGUCACCCGCCUCUUCAUCCUCACCCUCGCCGUGCUGGCCAUUGGCUUUGGACUUGCUCGCAUGGAAAAUCAAGCUUUUGACCCUGAAAAAGGGAACUUCAACACCUUACUUUGCAGGCUCUGCGUGCUGGUGCUGGUGUGUGCUGCCCAGGCCUGGCUCAUGUGGCGCUUCAUCCACUCCCAGCUGCGGCACUGGAGGGAAUACUGGAAUGAGCAGAGUGCCAAGCGCAGAGUCCAAGCUGCCCCCAGACCAUCAGCAAGGCUCAUCAAGAGGGAAUCUGGUUAUCAUGAAAAUGGAGUGGUGAAGGCAGAGAACGGAACAUCCCCACGGACUAAGAAACUCAAGUCUCCUUAAGGCCAAAGUGCUGAGAACAGAAAUCCUCUCGGGGGCGCCCAGCAGGGCGGCGGGGGCCCAGGCCUCAGUCACUGCCUCCCCUUCCUGCCCGUGACGCUCCAUAGCAAACAGCAGGAACGUGUCUUUAAACGGGGCUCUUCCUCUUUUCCUUCUUCUUGGCUUUUUCUUAUUCUUCCAUAAACCAUUCUCAAUAAAACCAAAAAUCUUUCUCCUUCUCUCCCUCAAGCCACUCAUGUCCUCACCUCUGUCCUGUGUUGGCUUUUCUGGAAGCCCAGGUUCUCCUGGUCACUUUUCUGUGGGCCUCCUUGGUCGUCCGUCACGGCUGCUGCUUUCUCUUUUUACUACUUUUGCCAUGCUGUGCAAUUUUUCUGUCUUAAUUUUUACCAUGAGAGGGAGCUGUGAUUGCAGUCCUGGCCCCCAACCCCCAGCAUCGGUCCCCAGGACCUGCCAAAGUCUGCGGGCCUCGUGUGAGGAGCCCCUGUCCGGGGCCAGCAGCCGGCUCCCAGGACCCCCGAGUGGAUGGGCAAGAAGAGGAGAGACCGCUCUCUUGAUCAUAUCUCCUAGGUGCUGAUUAACUGACAACAUGUAUGAUUCUGGUUCUGCAUGUACUGUCUUGAGGCCCAGCAGGGCUGCUGCUCCUUGAAAUGCCAAGGUGUUUGGCUUUGGGACCCGAUGACUUGGUCCAGAAGGAUGGUGUUAAGUGUGUUGUAUGGGAUGACUCAAGAUGCCUUGCCAGUGGCUGGUCCUGUGUUGGAAACCAGCCUGCCCUCACUCUGCUGGGGAAGUGCCGGAGACUGGACAGGUCUUCCCACUGUCUAGAGCAAGAGCAAGUGUCCUGAGCAUCAGGUUCUUCCAGAAAGUCACGGUGGAGGCGACCCAGGACUUUCUUGAGCAGCCCCAGCUGCACCUGCUUUUCUGCCAUUCACCAGCAUUCACAACCAAAUCUGCCCACCAACAGGACUAGCUGGGCACAGGCUGGUCUAAACCCCAGGCCCUGUCAGCCCUGUCGGCCCUGUCAGGCCAGCCCUGCUGCCCGACUUCAUCUCUUUACCCGAAGGGACGCCCAGCCCCUGCCGGCCUCCCCAGUUGAGUGUUCUUUGGAAUUGUCACUGUUAUCCGCCGAGGUUUGUUGAGCACACCGACGGCACUGUGGAUGGUGUGAACUGGGACGGCCGCUUAGGUGAGCCGCGCGGCUGUGCGAGGAUUCCUGCACUCACGUGGUCUUUCCCUUCUCUCUCCCCAAAGAUAAGGCCCUGGUGAGGACUUAGCAGAAGAGUUGGGCUUCCCAAGGUCCUGUUUGAGAACUGGACUCUGCUGCAGGGCUGGGGAGGGGUCCUUGGUGGGCACAGGAAUGUCGGUGUCCUUUGAGCUGGCCCUCUUUCUGACACUACAGCAGAAGCCGGGCCCUGGUUCAUCACCCGGAAAGGGGGAGAUGGGUCUUUCCAUCAAGUCCGUGCGUGCCCGUUCUCCACGCCACUUGCAUCAGAGAUCGAUUUUCAUUUUCUAGAGACUGAGGGAUUUGUUUUCUAACGCCUUUGUAUCUGGAAUCACCUCUCUGUCAGAAGGUGAUUCUGAAAAGGAGGAGCUAUCCUUGGCUGCUGCUGGUUACUGUCAGGGAGUGGGCGUGGUUUUGAAAGUAGGCAUCUCUCCCGUCCUUCUCUGAUGCCCCCUGGGCUGCGGAGCAGAACCUCGGUAAAAGGGUGGCACGGUGGCGGCUGACGGCAGACUCGUCAGCCAGCAGCGUCCUGCACCUGCCCGGACAGCCCAGGCCCCAAAGUCAGUCCCCAGGCUGUGUGCUGGGCAGCGUGUCCCCGCCCACCCUGGCGGCUGCCUCCCCAGGUGAGCCCCAUGACACUGUGGACUAGGGCCUUCGGCAGACACACACAUGCUGUGGGUGGGCCAGCUGCUGGCAGCAGCCCCACGCUUGCCCUCCAGCCGCCUUCCUGCUCCUGUGCGCAGGUGUCCUAGGUAUUCGCUGCCACACAGACCGAGUGGCUUCGUGUCCUAAGUCUCCUGCAGGCCCCAGUGCUGUGUACAGUGUGCCUCAGCGGUGGCACCACCACCCUGGCUGCCAGGCCAACUUCAGUCGUCUCCUAAAGCACAGCUUGUUCGGCGAUGAGAAUAAGUGAAGUCUUUUCUGCUCUGUAAAAACCCUGGAGACAUAAGUAAGGCUAGCAUCUCACCAGCUGGUCUCAGGAAUGAUUUGAAGGAAGGGGGGAUAGCAGGGUCAUUGUCAGGCACUUUGUCACCCACUGGCAUGCCUGGCACAGUUCUUGCAGGGAGAGCCAACUCUUUGGUGGGUUGGCUGAAACCACAUUUCCAGGGGCCAAAAUAACUCAGUCCCACUUCACCCCGUGAACUUGUUGGGCUGCUUUGUCCCAAUUUGGCCACUUUGGCUGUUUUCUUCAGUCUCAACGCUCUUCUGGCCCCAGCUGUGCCGAGCCAUCUGUGAAGGCCCUGACAGACACCUCUGAGUUGGAGAGGCCAGCUCAGCCCCCACCCAGGGCAGGAGAGCACAUGCAAAUCUACCUCAGCAGCCGCCGCCUCUCAGCAUCUCUGAUGGGCACCAGCGUGGGGCAGCCAGGCAGACAGCAGUGGCUGGAGAGGGACAGCGAGGCCGUGUUGGUGGGACGGGAGGAUUGCGUGCUGCAGACUCCCCUCCUUUGAAGCUCAGUGGUGGGAAGGUUAUUUUUACCAUCCAGGCUCUGAGAGCUGCACUAUUAAUAAGUUACAUGUGUCCCUUCCGAAGGUAGGGGACGGUUCUGGGGGAGGGGGCGCUGGCCGAGCUGGAGGAGAGCUGCUUCUGCCAUUCCAGUCUGCUCUAACCCUGUGUGUGUCUGGCCGUCCGACCAGAACUGUUGCUGAGAGACUGCUCCGCUUCCAUCUGAAGGCAGAAUUUACCAGCAUUUCGGAAACCAUAAUAGUCAUCCGUAUUCUGACCACAUCUGCUUCCCUCGGACCCUGGAAACCCCCUGAAGUCUCAGCAGCCGGUUUUAGGGAGUGUGUGCUGGGUGUCCUUGGGGGACCUCCCUCCACAGUAUCCUUUGACUUUUUUUCUAAGUGGUGAAUAAGUGACAGGGGCAGAGAGCAUCCCUCCCCAAGAUUCCCGACCAAAAGGGAUUCCUUAGCUGCCUUUUUGAUUAGAUGUGGCUUGCUGACUGUGCAGCUGGGGAAGUGUGGUUUGGAUUUAUUUCAUAGGUUUCAGCCUUCCCAGGUGGUUUUUCUGAGGCCCUGGUGAGAGAAGGUGGUGGGGGGCCAGGGGCCAGGACAUGACUCGCUCCCCGGGCAGGGGCCUCGGCAUCAGCCAUGAUUCCCCUUCCCAGGGUCCACAGGCCUGUGUUAGUGGAGAGUGUGCGGAAGGGUUGUGAGUCGGGACAACUGAGUGGUCUUGACGCCCUUUCCCGGCCUUCCCGGCUCCCAGCUCUGCUCGUCGGGGGGAUGUCGGGCGCUCCUGGGAGCUGGGUGGUUGUCGGAUCACUUGAAACAUAAGUAGAAUCUCUAUCUGGCCCUUGGUUGGCUCAGUAAGGAAGCCUUUCCUAACUUUUCACUCUUUGCCCCAGUUCUCCCGUGACUAUUAAUUCCUCCCUUCCAAAGGCUGAAAAAGACCACGUCCUCGGCUGCCUCACACCCCCUGCCCCACUCAGCCUUUUCUUGGAGGUCUUCGAAAAGCGGGGGGACAGUGGGGCCCGCUGGCUGUGGGUGGCCUCUCGUGCUCAGCACCCCGUGCGAGUUUUCCUUGUAAGCAGAUCCUUGUUCUUUCUGGGUGAGAAGUGCCUUACCUGCCGUGUGGUCUCGGCUGUCACUGUCGUGUACUGCCAGUCCCCAGCUGCCAGGGCUCUGGGGCUGUUUGUCACGUGCAGCCAAGGGCACUGGGCCCGGUGUAGUACAUGUAAAAGGGACACGGAGUGUGACAGUUUGGCCUCAUUUGUCCCAGCAUUGCAUUAGGGUCUGUCGUGUGUCCCCUGUUUUGUUUCUGGUUUCUCCCUGGUGUCAGCUCUCGGGCCUGCCUGGGUGGCGUGGAAGCCCGAGAAGGCCCAUUGCAGCACCUGUGCUCAUACCUGUCAAGGGGAGCUCAGAGGGCCAGGGGCACUGAGCCCCGUUUGUGCCUCUGGCCCCAACAGUGAGGCCUGUGCUUCCAGCCCCCAUAGCCAAGAUCACAAAAAGGUGCCCUUGCUAUAACCUCUCCUGCUCUAUUUUGCUUCCCAUUCAACCCAAAGUCUGUAUGACAGAGGUGUUUACUUUCCAAUCACAUGUGUUAGCUCACAGACACCCGUUGGACAGUGGGUCUAGGCUGGCUGUCGCAGAACUCCCUCGAGCUCCUAAUUCAGUGUUACCUUGUGUUAGCAGCAGCUCCGGUCUCCCCUGCCCCUGGCCCACCUGCCUUUCCCUUGCUCUUCCGGGUUGUGCAAUAACCCUCCCAGCCAGUGGUCCUCCACAGGCCUUGCUGUCCCUCCCAACACCCUGCAACUGGGAAGGGAAGGGACCCACGGGAGGGGCAGUCGUCGCCCCUACAGCAGAAAUGUUCGCCACUUUCCCUUCAUUGCUGCCGUUCUUGUGAUUCUGGGUAGGUUUCUGUGGCACUCUAGUAGGACAUUGUAGCAUUAUCUUAGAAGUCCAUAUAAUUUUUUUAAUCUGUUAAAAAGGAAAAAAACUAUCCUCAUGAUGGGGCAUUAAUAAGAGGAAAGAGUCGGUGUCUGGGAAUGACAUCUGUGUGGCACCUGAGGCAUCACCGCCACUCCGCCUGAGGACAGUCUCGAGUUUGUGGUUCACGUGGAGAGGAAGGGCAGCCACGUGUGGGCAGCCCCGCCCCCCGACAGCACUGCCUGGGAGUCUGCGCCCCGCCGUUUCCCUGGCACAGAUUCGAGUGUUUGUGUGGUGAGACUAAACCUCAUUUUUCAGUUCUUCUUUUUUAAUGAACAUCUGAAGGAUGAGCUGAGGCUGCUGGUGCCCUGAGCAACUCAUAAUGCAAAUGUGGAUAAAAGUGUCUCUUUGUUUUUCUACUUAGCCUGUUCAUGUUAUGGACCAAAUUUCAACAAGGAACUCAAGGAAAAGUUGUACCUGCCGUAUUUAUGCUCAUGUAAAAGGGUUUUUUUGUUUUGUUUUUUUUUGUGAGGGGGGCUUUUUACUUUCAGUGAACUUUUUUCAGAAUCCUUUUUCCACUGUUUCUGUCUGGUUUGAAAACAAAUUACAGUUUUGUAUGGAUUUUUUAAGUGUACAUUUUGAAGCAAAUGGUCAGCAAAUAUUUUUGAAAUAAUUGAAUAAAAGGCAUAGAA